AUGCCGAAAUCAAAGAAGAAGAAGACUCGGGAUUUUCAGAAAGUCAAGUUGAAAGUGGGCAAGAAGUUACCAAAAGGCGAGAAUGUCACGAAUCUGAGUUUCAAGACCAAGCAGAUUCAGCUAACUCAGAGAAUCAAAGAAGAUGCCGGUCGGGAUAGUGUUACUAAGAAGAAGCUCAUCGCGCAGGACUUACUUCGGCAGUGUGAUCAUCACAGCAGUAGUGCCCGUGUUAAUGCCCUUUCUGGAUUGAAAGAGCUGUGGCUGAACAAUUCUGCAGAUCUUAUGGUGCCUACAAAUGUCCAUGGAUAUGGAGAAAUCCUGAAGAAACUUUCUAGUCUUCUCAUCGAUAAUGAAGCUGUUGUCAGACACACUGCAAUCAAUUUGUUCAAGGUGAUGUUGACAAAAUUGUCCUCUAAGACACCAGGAGACAAACGUUCAAACAAACUUGAAGGUCGUCUGUACUCACACAUCCAUGCUUACCUCUGUUGUGCCAUGAACCAUAUCCAUGAAGACAUUAAGCUGGAUGCUCUAGUGUUGUUUGACACGCUCCUAAACCUCUUCCCCCAGUUGAUGGUUCAGCAGACUGGAGAUCUGUUGAAAAACUUAGUUGGCUUGAUUGCCUCACCUGCUUACCUGGGAGCUAAAGGGGAUUCCACCACGCAGCGUCUCAGCCUCAACCCUGAUAGUAAACUGCCAGCGAUGAAGUUUCGUGCUCAAGUACUGAUCCGCAUGAAGCGGACAUUCAUGGAAGCUCUUGAGGAUCAAGUCAGAAAUAGAGGUUUAGGGGAAUUUCCCUCAAAAUCCAGUAAAGAUGUGACCUGGAGUUUGCACAGAGACCAUGCUGGUCCAAACACAAAGGAGGAUACUUGCUUGUUAAAGGAAUCUUAUGAUGGCAACAGUCGAUUCAGCUUCAUGUUCUUAGGAGGAUGUCAUGAACUUGAUGAAUACAUCACCAAGCCUUCAAGUCUGGAUGCAUUCAUGAAAAUGUCAGUGCCAGUGCUGUUACAGUGCUGGAGGGAGGCACAUGCUAGUGUGACAAAUUCUGAUUUGGAUAACCUGGUUUCGGCAGAUUCGGUGGAAGUGAUGUCCCUGAUAGCAUGUGUCAUACAGCUCAUGUUUGUUCUGAGUGUAUCCCCCCAGAGAACAGAUUCUUCCACUGUCUCCUCAGAUGUGUACAUAGUGUCCCCAGAAAUACUUGUUAAAAACUACCAGCAAGACUUUGAAAAACUGCUGUUCAACGAUUUUCCAUAUUCAGUUCAAGUUCACACACCAGUGGCCAAGAAGAGGAAGAAAAACAAAACCCACCAGUUUGUUGAUACAGGUGCAAGUCAGUCUUCAUUGGUGGCUUUGAACCUGGCUAUCUGUGACAUCAUGUCUAGCUUUUGUGUUGAUGCCAAAUUCAAGCCAAGUUCCAGUUACCUACAGAAAAUGGAAGCCUUUCUGGUCAGGUCAUUGCAGAAGUCUCCUAGUUUGGAGCAGAGUAAAAUUCUUUCCAGGAUUCUCAAGAAUGUCUUUUCCAACGCUCACAUUCACACCAGCUUUACCAAAGCCUACUCAGCAGCACUGAAGUUCUACUUGUCGUGUUUGAGUAAAUCACCACAGAAACAGCUGUUUUACCAUUUAUUUUCUUUCAUGGGGAAAACAUGGGAUGGCUGGAAGAGGGACAACUCAAGUGCUGGGCCAGCAUGUAGGUACACACACAACAAUGAUAUUUCUGAUGUAUUAGAGCAGUUCUUCAGCAACCUGCCACAUCUACUUCUGGAAGUUGCGAGUUUAGAAAACCAGAGACAAUGGGUGUCUGACAUUUUGACUCUAAUGACACACGGCCAUGUCCGAAACUGCAGCCAGACUUUCCAUGACAGUUUUGUGGCCACUCUUGGCAGUAUUUUAGAUCCCCAGAAAGCUGUUUUGACUAGUGCAGAUGAAAGUAUCCAGAAGAAACUGUUCUCCCUCCUUGCCCUUGGAACCCCAUUACACCAGGAUCAUCUCAAACAGAUCCUGUAUUUGAUCCGUCGACCCUCAGGUAAACCUGUGUUGCAUCACAGAAAGUCUUGCAGCAUUGUCAGCCAUGCCAUCUACAGCAUCAUUUCAUGUAUAAGAAAUAAUAUACCAUUGGCCAGUCAAGAUGAGUUUAACAACAUGUCACCAGAAAAGCACAACCAGCUGUCAGAUUAUCUGAGAUUCAUGUUCUCACUGCAGAUUGGAAUGACAGGUGAGGAACUUGAUGCCCUUAGCCCACCAGAGAGUACCAGUGCAGACAGUGACAGAUUGUUCAUUGUUGAUUUCACUCUUGAAGGGGAUCAGUGGGAGAGGCAUGUUGAAAUUGCAUCUAUUGUGGCCAGGGAGUUGAGCAGUUUUUACAUUCCGGCCAUGCCGUCAAAAAGGUACCUUCAGACUUUCACGUUCUUCAGCAACCUUGAGGAGUUGUGGAAGCAGACAUUUAUUAAUCGUUCAAGAGUACACAUCCUAUCAGCAUACAGCCUGAUUCAGUUCUUCCACCAGGCUACUUUACCUCACAUUGUGGAGAAACCUGGCGCAGAAUUUUAUGAACUGGCCUCUCGCAUUGUGGCAUCUGUUUUGACCAGUAUCCACUGCCAGGACUCCGGGCUCAGUGAACAGAUGGCGUGGCAGCUGAAGUCAGAUGUGCUACAGUGUGUGACAGCUGAUGGUUGCCUGCUUGACUUGGUCAUGAAGCUGCUGGUUGGCAGAUCUAGAGAUGUUUCAUCAAGUUCAGUGGACAGAGAAGCAUCAAAGGCAGCAGAAUGUUUCCUGUUAUUGGAUGAGAACAUUCAGCUCAAGUUGAAGGAGAAAACUGACAGCGAGGAGGCACAAGUCAGUUCAGCCGUGGAAGUGUCAUGA